CUCGCACAGUCGUCAGGUUUUAUCUCCCCUCCUCCUCCUCCUCCUCCUCCUCUUCUUCUCUUGUUAUGACCCAUUUCAGGAGUGACUGCCACCGAGACAGACACACCGGGAUGAACGGCGAGCAGAGAGCCGGUCGCGCCGCGACAGCCAAGAGAGGAAGCGGCGCCCCCAACAGGUGGGUUUGCAGCUUUACACCAUCUGACUAUGAGACCGAGUACGACAGACACCCUGCUGACCACUACAACAGGGUUUUUGACUACCAGCGUGUCCCCUCCUCGGUCCUGGCGGAUCCCAGCCCCGUCAAACGGGCCCGUCCGUCGUCCUCCUCCUCCUCCUCUUCCUCCUCCACGGCGGCUCUGAGGAUGAAGAGCAGCAGAGCGUCCAGCAGGAGCAACAACACACACGCCCCCUCCUCCAGCAGCAGCGCCGCCAAAUUGAAGAUGGCGGAGCUCCUUGCCAUAAAGAGGGAGCUGACAGUGAUCAAGGUUCAGAUCGACGGCCUGUUGGACUGUGUAGACAAGAUGGACAGACAGAGGAAGGACUGCUCAGAGUGUCCUCAGAGCAGGGAGCCCAGUGUGUCGGGCUCUCCUCACAGAGGUUCAGUCAGCAGUCUGGAGAGAGAAAGUCCUGAACCAGGAGAGGCCAGUGAGGACGAGCCUCUGCACUACCAGCACUACUACCCCCACAGCUACCCCCACAGGAUAAAGCAGCAUCAGUCUGAUCUGGAGGACAACCUGUGAUGCUGCAGCUCAGAAACGGAAGCUUGAAUCGAUGAACAGCUGGGAUGGAAGAUGCUUCAAGGAGGCGUUAGCAACAUGAACUGCAUUGCACUGACCCUCCUCCACACCUGAAUCUGUCACUAUCUGUCCACCACUGUCUUCUUAGUUCUGGUUUCCACAGUGACAACAAAAUCCCACGUGUACCUGGUCUGAUGCUCCAUGCUAAAAUAUUGACACGCGGGACAAUAUAGCCAAACUUAUUUGUUUCUAUAAAGCACCAUACUGACAGUACUGCAUUAUUUUAGAUGAUUUCCUACUUUUCAGGCAGCCAUUGAAUUCAACAACAGUAAUUUCAGGACACUGUCAAAAUGAACUUGCAGGAACUUGAAGCUUUCAGCAGAAAGAUAAUUCAUGACAGCAAAGCAAUUCUUUUUAUUUUAUUUUGUUCUCUCUUUUGCGUUGCGGUCAAGGAUGGUCCAACAUAUCGCCAGAUUCAUGAGCUAUAUUUGGCAGAUUUUUUUAGUUGUCACACAAAAACCAUCAGUCCCUGACCGUGAAGUCUCCUUCAGUCAACGGGCCAAAACUAUGAUUAUUUCUGUAUUAUGUAAAAUACUAUAUUAUAUACAGUACAUAAAGCAUCCUGUAUUACUGUGUAUACUAUGUUCAAUACUGUGUAUCUAUGCAGUAUGCUACUCUAGACCAAAACGGAAAAAACAAGAUUUUCUUUACUAAAAAAGAUUCCUAUUGGCCCCAUUUAUCACCCUAACCAAUUGCUUCCCAUGCAGGACUCCAUAUUGAUCUUUGUUAAUAAAGUCAGUGUGGCAGCAGCUGGCAGCUCCUUAUCACACAGUUUAUUUUCAUCAGGCCUGUUAUCAUUAUGUGUAACCAGCUGUGUACAGGACUGCAUUAUAGUUCUGUGCACAGUCGUAUGACUCCGGGUGAAUUUUACUGUCUAAUUCACUCAAGAAAUCAAUUAAAUAUAUAGACUCUGACAUUUUCCCGAAAUGAGCAUUAACUCUGAAAUAAAAAUUACAUGUAGUGGAAAUAGGAAGAUGACAUUUUUCCACCUUGAAGCGAUUAUAUGAUAACCUGAGUGAAUGUGACAUUUUCACCAGUGGGUCCCUUGAAUUAUACCUGGCAGUUCAAUUCAUCAGCUAAUACUGUUGGAUUCAGGUAGCUGACUAAUUUAUCAAGUAAAACUGUUGACUUUGGCUAGUCGAUGUUUAGCAGCUAAAUCAGUUGGGUUGGAGUUAGCUUAGCUAAAUUUUUACAGAUGAAACACUUUAGCUUGGGUUAGCCGCUAAAGCAGUUUGGUUUGGUUACCUAUGGUUUAGUUCAGCAGCUACAACAAUUUGCUUUAAGUUAGCCAAUAGUUCAGAACCUAAAACAGAUGGCUUUGAAUCAGUAAACAGUUGAGCAGAUACAGUGGUUUGGAUCAGUUAGGUGAUGGAUCUGUUUAAUGGCCCAAACAGUGUGAUUCAGGCUAGUUAAUGGAUCCGUUUGGUACAUAAAACAGUUUGGUUCAAGUUAGCUAACAGAUCAGUUUGGCAGAUAAAAUAAUGCGGUUUAGUUCAGGUUAGCAGCUGAGAGAAUUUGGUGUAGGUUACUUAUUGUAAAGUCUGGUUCAGGAGUAACAGUUGGUUCAGCUAACAGAUAAAACAGUUUGGCAGAUGACAACAGUUGGUUCAGAUUAGCUAAAAGUUAAGUUGCUAAAACUGUUUUCCACACGUAAGCUAACGGAACAGUUAGC